UCUUUCUAUCUCACGCCCUCCACUCCACACAGGCAGACAGGUCGAGUCUGGACUGAGAGAGUGAUCCGGCUCCAAACCUCUGCAGGACAUCUCCACCUGACUGGGGCUCAAGGUUUUCUGUGCUGCAGCAACAACACAUGAAGAUGUGUUGACAUUUUUGUGACAGCUUUAUAAAGAUCUCUUCUUCUUCUUCUUCUUCUCCUUCAGUCAGUCAGAGCAGAGGGAGGCACACCUCUCCUCCUGAGCUGAGGGCGCAGACCUGUGCGGACUUGCCUGCAGCCCGUUAGGUGGGACUUCAGCAGGGAAGAAGAGACACACCUUACUUACCUUCUGUGGCUUCACGGCGCCCCCUACCCCUCCCUUCCUUCCUUUGCUUCUCUCUCUCUCUCUCCCUCUCUGAAAGUGGAGGAAUAAACGAUCUGAACUCUGAAAUGUCGACAAAUGAGAGAGCCACGCGCGCGCUCAGGGAGAUCCUACAAAACCCUGGAAAUGACAUCUGUGCAGACUGCGGCGCGCCAGAUACCACAUGGGGCUCUUCCCUGGGAGUGUUCAUCUGUCUGGACUGCUCCGGGAUCCACCGCAACCUCCCCGACGUCUGCAAGGUCAAGUCUCUGAGCCUGUCCCACUGGGAGGACCACGAGGUUCAGUUCAUGGCUGAGAACGGUAACGACCUGAUGAAGAGUAAAUACGAGGCUGCUGUUCCAGUGUACUACUACAAACCAACACACAAAGACUGCCAGGUGCUGAGGGAGCAGUGGAUCAGAGCAAAGUAUGAGAGGAAAGAGUUCACUGAGCCUGGGAAGACUUUUACUUAUGAGGAAGGGGCCAGGGAUGGCUUGCUGAUGAAGAGGGGGCGGGACAACGGACAGUUCCUCAGCAGGCGAUUCGUCCUCUCUGAGAGGGAGGGGACUCUAAAGUACUUCACCAAAUACGACGCUAAGGAGCCCAAAGCUGUCAUCAAAGUGGACUCCAUCAACGCGACCUUCCAGCCCGAGAAGAUCGGAAACCCCAACGGCCUGCAGAUCACCUACCUCAAAGACUACAGCACCCGCAACAUCUUCGUCUACCAUGACAACGGAAAGGAGAUCGUAGAUUGGCUGAAUUCAAUCCGUGCGGUUCAGCUUCACUAUCUCAAGGUGGCCUUUCCUGGAGCGACAGAUGCUGAGCUGAUACCCAAACUUACCCGAAACUUUCUGAAGGAAGGAUUCAUGGAAAAGACCGGACCCAGGCAAACAGAAGGCUUCAAGAAACGCUGGUUCACUCUGGACAAAAGACGGCUGAUGUACUUCAAAGAUCCGCUGGACGCCUUCGCCAAAGGUGAGGUGUUUUUGGGAAACAAGGACCACGGUUACAGCGUCUCCGCCGGCCUACCUGCUGGCACCCACUGCAACGGUGCCUGGCAACAUGGCAUCACCAUAGAAACACCUGACCGCUCCUUCCUGUUUACUUGUGAGUCAGAGAGCGACCAGCAGGAUUGGAUGAAGCACUUCGCUGAUGUCAUGAGUGCUCAGAUGUCGCCCCAGGAGUUCACAAUGGAGGCCCUGUUCAAGCACAGGCAUUGAUGGAGCAGAGGCCUGUGGGACCGUCUCCUCUCCUCUGAUCUGACACAAAUCCACAUCAGUUCACAGCACAACACACUCCCUCAGUGAUACCCGAGGUCUACUCAGACAGUCCCCUCUGACCAGGUGGUUAAGAAUGCAAACCAGAGAGGAGCAGACAGCAUUCACUGCAGAAUUACUAAAAGGAUCUAGCUUAAAGAAAUGUUAUUAUUUAAUGCACAGUGGUAAUAAAUAGGAUUUUGUGUUUUGGUGUUGUGGCGUGAGAGAUCGGCUGUCAAUCAAACAGUCUGAUGGGAAAAUAUCACAAUCAAUUUUAGAUUUUUCAAGCACACAUGCAAACUAACUAUAUGAAUAUGAAAACGUAAUUUUAUGAUAAAAUAACAUGAACAGAAUUUGAUAAUGUACAAUAUUUCUUGCAAAUUUUCAGAAAAAUGCAUUUUUAAGGUGGGACCAGUUUCAGUCUUACAGUUUAAGGUGUUUUCUGUCCAUGUGUGAGUGAAUAUACUGAGUCAUUGUUGUGUUUGUGGAUCAGGAGCCUUUUUAAAACAUGUUUUAAUACAAAUAAUCUUCUUCAUGGAUCUGAUAUAAACUUUGUAACCCAUCAUGACUUGGGUUAAUAAUCCUGAGCAUCUUCAUUCUCAUUGUGCUGUUUUAGUUAUCUUCUAAGCAAAAUCUCAAGACACACUACCUGUACAGUUUAUAUCAUGAAAUGAUUUUAUAUUUUUGUAUUAUCUUUUACGCUUUGGCAAAUGUUGAUAUCAUCAGCAGAUUAACAGAGAUGAGUAUUUCUAUUAAAGCCAAUAAAGCAGAUUUACAAUGAAUUGGA